CCACGGAAGCCAUAUGCGCUUAGCCACGUGCCCCCCCAUCAUUGCACCACAUAUUAUAAAUGAGCCACCAGUUUUCUCCUCCUCAUCUACCCAGCCCGCUAACAUCUCCUCUUCGGUGCUCCGAUUCGAAGCAAUGAUGAUGGAAGAAUCGUGGCCGUCGAUGUGGUCCUCCGUACGCGACUGGCUCUCCCCCACCGUCCUCUUCGUGCUCCUCAAUCUCGUCAUCGGCACCAUCGCCCUCACCUCCAAGACCCUUCGCUCCCACCGCCACCGCGACGACGACGACCACCUCCGUCCCAUAUCCCGCGGCCCCUCCGCCGUCCUCGAACGCCUCCGCUCCAUCGGCCUCUACCGCUUCCGAUCCGGCGAUUUCACCCUCGACGCCGCCGCCACUCUCUCCCCUCCCUCCCCCAAAUCGGAGACGACGGAGGCACCCGAUGCUUUCACAGGCGGGAAGCAACAGCAGGACCACUUCAGCCGGUGCCAGUCGGACUCGCAGGAGAAGCCGGGGGAGGAGAAGGAGAAGAAGCUGGCGGGGCGGAUGAAAAAGUCGGCGAGCGAGAAUUCCGCUUUCGCUCACUUCGAGGAGGCGGAGAUCGUGCGGCGGCCGGCGGCCGCGAGGAGCCGCGUCCGAGCAGCGCUUGUGGUGGAGGAGGAGGAGGAGGAGGUGGACGCCAGGGCAGACGCCUUCAUUAAUCGGUUCAAGCAGCAGCUCCAGCUUCAGCGCCUCGAUUCCAUCCUCAGGUACAAGGAGAUGCUCAAUCGUGGAAAAUAGAAUCAUUUAUUUGAUUUUAUUUUUAAUUUUUUUCUGUGAAAUUGAUGUAGCUUAAAAUAUUUUGUGCUUCUGUGUGUUGUAAAAAAGUAUCCUUUUACUAUAUCUUCGAGUUCGUGAGAGAGAGAAAAGGGAGAGAGAGUUGUAUUUGGUAUCUUGAUGGUUUUAUGUUUGGAAAUGUAGUGUUGCCGUUGGGAGGCAAAAUUUUAUAUGAUGUUAAGUGCUCUGAACCUUGCUUGUUCCCGACCCUUCUUCACCUUCAAUUCAGAGCCAUCGCAACCACUAAAUUUUCCAUAGCCGACACUGCACAUGCUGUGUGGGUGCUGUGGUUUCUGUACAAUUACUCAUUUCAAGGU